UUCAAAACACUUUCAUUUAUCUAUAGUUUGUCAAAGAAAAAAAAAAAAAAAAAGCUGAUGGAUGUUAAAUUUUCUUUAUCAAGGUCUCCUUGGAUCGUCCUUCAACCGCAUGCUCUCGUCUGCCAUCUCUAUAAUCUGGCGUCGCAACAAGAACAAAUCUCCAAACCUUGAAGGACGUCUCGACCCUGGUGUGACUGUGUUCUCUUACAAGGAGCUUAUAAAGGCCACCAAAAAUUUCAGCCCUUCUCGCAGACUAGGGGAAGGCGGUUUUGCAGCCGUUUACUAUGGUAAACUCAAAGACAUGCGAGAAGUUGCAGUGAAGAGACUACAUAAGAAAAACCACGAAAUAGUCGAACAAUUCAUGAAUGAAGUUAAUAUCUUGGGACAUUUACGACAUCCAAACCUUGUUCUAUUCUACGGUUGCACCUCUCAAGAAAGUCGAGAGCUUCUCCUUGUUUAUGAGUACAUUCCCAAUGGCACCAUUACCGACCACCUGCAUGGGAAACAAGCAAUUCCAGGCCGGCUAACAUGGCCCAUACGUUUGAAAAUUGCCAUUGAAACCGCCAGUGCACUAGUGUAUCUCCAUGCCCGUGAUAUCAUACACCAAGAUGUCAAGACAAACAACAUUCUUCUUGAUAACAAUUUCAAUGUCAAAGUAGCAGAUUUUGGUCUCUCAAGGCUCUUUCCGGUUAAUGUUAAUUUUAAUAUUGUGUUAGCAGAUCCUCAGGGAACCCCAGGAUACGUGGCUCCUGAAUAUUACGAAUCAUUUCAAUUAAGUGAUAAAAGUGAUGUUUACAGCUUUGGUGUAGUCUUGAUUGAACUAAUAUCAUCAAUGGCGGCAGUCGAUAAACUUCGGCCCAGAGAAGAUAUUUAUUUGGCAAAUCUCGCUCGAAACAGGAUCCAAAGAUGUGAAAUUGAUCAAUUAAUCGACCCGGCAUUAGUAUCUGAUUCGAAUCCUGAAAUCAAGGUCAUGAUCACAUCAGCAGCAGAGUUGGCGUAUCAAUGUUUACAGUUUGAUUUAGAGAUGAGGCCUACAAUGAAUGAGGUGUUGGAUUUGUUGAUGGAAAUUCAAGCCGGGAGAAGAAUGGAUGUUGGCGAUUUGGAAAGCGUGAAUCCACCACCCCUAUCUGAAAUCAAUGAUUCAGUUGUUUUGUUGAAAGAGUUCCCGCCUUCACCGAUCUCUAUGUCAAAGUGAUAACGUUCAGCGAACAGUUCGUGAAAACAAACCAUUUUCAUUAAAAUAUUUUUUUGUUUCUA